AUGAAAAAGUUGAUUCAGGCUUCUCUUAUUUUAACGAUAUUAUUUAACAGAAAAAGAAUAGGCGACGUUCAAUACACAAAAUUAAGUACAUACAUCAACUACUGGAAACCGGUUAACCAAGAGGAGUGUGAAAAAGCAUUGUCUCAGUCAGAAAAAAUACUAACAAAAUAUUAUAAACGCAUUGUGACAGGUGGAAAAGGUAGUAGACCCAUAGCUAUUCUAUUCCCUCAAACAUUACAAACCUAUAUAGAUUUCUUUGUUAAAAUCCGCCAAGAACAUCACUUAGUACCCGAAAAUAAUCCAUAUUUAUUUGGGUGUCCUGGAACUUCGAAGUGGACAAGAGGGGAUGUUAUUAUACGGAAAUUUGCCCAAGAAGCUGAUCUAGAAUUUCCCAAACAAAUAUCUUCUAACAGAUUACGGAAGCAAAUUGCAACGGUAAUGCAAAUUCUUAACCUUAGUAAGGAAGAGAGUGAACAAUUCGCCCACUUCAUGGGACAUACUGAAAAAACCCACAAUGAAUUUUAUAAGCUGCCACAAGAUGUGUACCAAACCGCAAAAAUUUCCAAACUCCUAAUGUUAAUGGAAAAGGGCGUUGACAAGUAUAAAGGAAAGUCGCUAAAUGAAAUUAAUAUUAAUCCAAUGAGUGAAUUUGCUGAAGAAGAAUCAGAUAAUGAAGAUAACGAUUUCCUAGAUGCAAAUGAAUCUGACUGUACGGCAUUUCAAGCAAUCCCGGAAGAAGAAAGUCGACCAGUAUCGAAGAAGAAAAUAUCAGGGAGGACAUUCUGGACUUCUGAACAGGCUCUUCUAGUGAAAAAACAUUUCAAGUCCCACAUUAGCACAAAAAAGGCCCCCAAAAAGAAUGAAUGCAUGCAGUUAAUAGGAAAGUAUCCCGAGAUAUUCCAUGACAAAGACUGGGUUCGCGUGAAAACUUUUGUCUAUAAUAUCUAUAGAAAUAAGUGA